AUGAUGAAAUUCAGGGCAUUUGUGAUGGUUUUUAUGGUAGCCAUGGGAAUGCUUGUGGGAAACUCAGCUGCUUCAUUCAAGGACUGCUAUGCCAAGUGCUUCAUCUUCUGCAUGAUUGAGCCUUCUCAAACACUGUGUUCUUGUUCAACUCACUGCUUGAAAGAUUGCAUCUUCUCGGAUACACCAGGUGGUCUCCUCCAAGAAGAUAAAUUGAUAACCCAUAACCAUAAUUUCUGCAAGCUUGGUUGUGCAUUCUCCACUUGCUCCAAGAUUACCACCACUGCCAAUAAUCCUAAUGUGGAUAAAAUGGAUGGUUGCGUAGGAUCAUGCGCUACGAUGUGCACCAAGACUUAUUCAGCUGCACCUUAA